AUGACUGAAGAAAUUGAACCUCAUAUUGCUAGAAAAUUCGAAAUCAUUCAAAAAUUAGGUAAGGGUGCUUAUGGAAUAGUUUGGAAGGCUGUAGAUAAGAAGUUAAAGACAGUAAGAAUUCAAAAAUAAAGUUUAGGUUGUUGCUUUAAAAAAAGUAUUUGACGCCUUCCAUAAUGCUACAGAUGCUCAGAGAACAUUUAGAGAAAUAAUGUUUUUGUAGGAGUUGAAUGGACAUGAAAACAUAGUGAGGCUGUUGAAUAUCAUUAAAGCAGAAAACAAUAAGGACAUUUACUUGGUAUUUGAUUAUAUGGAAACAGAUUUGCAUGCAGUGAUUGUAAAAGUGAUAUUUAAUUUAAUAGAGAGCAGGAAUACUAGAAGAAGUUCAUAAAAAAUAUGUUGUUUAUUAAAUUUUGAAAGCACUUAAAUACAUACAUUCAGGAGAACUUAUUCAUAGAGACUUGAAGCCUUCCAACAUUUUACUAAAUUCUGAAUGUCACAUGAAAUUGGCAGAUUUUGGUUUAGCCAGAAGCAUAGCGAUCACUGAAGACGACAGUUGUACGAUGAUUUUUAAAUUUAACGUUUAGCUCCACCAGUUUUGACAGAAUAUGUUGCUACCAGAUGGUACAGAGCCCCUGAAAUUUUACUUGGAUCAACCAAUUACACCAAAGCUGUAGACAUGUGGAGCGUCGGUUGCAUUUUGGGUGAAUUGAUCAUAGGUAAGGCAAUCUUUCCAGGAACAUCUACACUAAAUUAAAUUGAGAGAAUUAUUGAGUUAUUAGGUAAACCAAACGAUGCAGACAUUGAAUCCCUUGAAUCGCCUUUAGCAGUUAAUAUUCUGGCUUCAGUGUCAAUUCAAAAAAGAAGAUCCUUCUAAUAAUUUUUUUCAGGAGCUCAAGAAGAUUGCCUAGACUUAUUAAGAAGGUUUCACUAUCAUUUCUAUUUAUAAUUUAGACUUUUGCAAUUCAAUCCAAAGAUGCGACUUACAGUUAAUUAAGCUAUCAAACAUAAGUAUUUGAAAGAAUUCUCUUCACCCGAUGAGGAAAUUGAAUGUUCUGAGCCCAUUAGAAUACCUAUGAAUGACAAUAAGAAAUUUUCUAUAAAGGAAUACAGAGAGGCCUUGUAUAAUGAUAUAAAUCGUAGAAAAAAAGAGUAAAGAAAAAAGUGGUAGGCAAAAUACUUGCAAUAAUUAGGAAUGAAUCCUGAUGAGCUUAUUAAUGGGUAUUAUGUUAUAAAUUUAUUGUAAGGCUUCAUUAGGAGCAAUCUGAAAUGAUUACUUCAGUAAAAUCAUAAUAAGGCUUUGAAAAUGUUAAUGGAAGUUCGAUAUAGCAUUAAACUUAGUAAUAAUAAUAAUAGCAGAAAUCUAAUAUUGAAGAGAUACAAAAUAUAAUUAAAUAGCAAUAAAUUUAAUCACAAUAAUUGAAGAAAUCUUAAAGUUAAGCUGGAAUUCAAUAACAAUAGAAAUUGACUAGUUAAAAAAGUGCAAGCAAUUUUGUUUCCUAAAUGUAUAAUACAUUUUAAUAAUAAACACAAAAUGUGGAUAACAAGUUUUAUCAAUAGCAAUAAUUCUUGUAAUAACAACUUCAAUAAUUAUAAUAAAAAGCAUAAUAGAAGAAAAAGACUUGA